GCUGGUAAGUUUGAAGACAUUCGUCCCAGUUGAAUUUGCUAGGAAGCCAAGGAGUCUGGCAGAAAGACUAAGGUGGAAAGCAACUGAACUCAGGCAGUUCCUUCUGUACACCGGUCCUCUUGUUCUUAGGGGUGUGUUACCUGAGGAAAUAUAUAACAACUUUAUGUUGCUGUCAGUUGCCAUCUCGAUUUUAGCCAAUCCCCGCCUUUGUUCAGCUCUGAAUGGUUUUGCGAAGAUGUUACUUGUGUCAUUUGUGGAGCAUUUCAGUAAAUUGUAUGGUCCUGAGUUUGUUGUCUACAAUAUACAUGGGUUGAUUCAUCUUAGUGAUGAUGUAAAUAUUCAUGGUCAUCUAGAUGUGAUCUCUGGGUUUCCAUUUGAAAAUUACCUGUGUACGUUAAAAAAAAUGAUCAGGAAACCACACAGCCCUCUAACUCAGGUGAUCCGUAGAGUGUCUGAAGUUCACAACCAAAAACCUAGUGUUGAAGUUAAGUGGCCAAAAAUGCAAGUAAAAAUGGAGCAUAGAAAUGGGCCUGUACCAGACUUGUUUGAAGGGGAUGUUCUACAAUUCAGAGAACUGGUAGUGAAUGAUGUGCACGUCAGAAUUACAGAAGGAGACAAUUGUGUUCGAAUCAAUCAGAUUGUUGCUUUGGUGGAAAAUAUUAUUGUCUAUGAAGACCAGGAGUACAUCAUCUACCGUGAAUUUGCAAAGAUGGAGACAUUCUUUAAUUAUCCAAUUGAUUCUCAAGACGUAGGAGUUUUUGUAGUGUCAAAUUUGUCUUCAGAUUUAAAAUGUACAAGGCUGAAUGACGUAUUAAAAUAUUUCCGGAUGCCAUUUGGGGAACAUGGCAGUUUUGUUGUCUUUCCCCUUUUACAUCUAAAAUAACUUUACAUUUCCCCCCAACCCUCAGUGUAUUUCAUAGUGAGCUUCAUUAAGACAAAUGAAGUGGAGGUGGUGCCAGGUGUGUGGGUAGAAGGAGAGGUUUGUAAAUGGCCGAACUACAAACUCGAUGCCAUGCAGAAGGCCAUCAAGAACUGUGAGAUGCCUAAGGAGACCUGGACAAGUUAUGACAUCAGGGUUCUUUACAAAGCAAAUAGCUUUAGUGAGGCAAGGUUGAAACUUCGCCGGGCAGAAGAUGACACAGACCUCCAGUCAGAAGCAGAGGAGGGGAGGCCAGAAAAAAGAAAAACCAAACCAAACCAGCGCUUCCUCUCGAGUCAAGAGGAGUCUGAUGAGGAGCCUGUGAAGCGCAAACCAAACCUCCCCAAGGUGCCCUCCAUUCCACCUCUGCCGUCACUGUUGCGUGAUGCCAUUUCCUCAUCAAAUGAAAUGUCUCCGCCAGCUAGUCAACUUGCCUCUCUGCAGCCAUUUCACGCCCUUGGACCUCCUGAGCCAUCCCAUCAUCUUGCCCCUCAAUCGUCUCCCCACCAUGGAACUACUGAGCCAUCCCACCAUCUUGCCCCUCAAUCGUCUUGCCACUAUGGAACUCCUGAGCCAUCCCACCAUCUUGCCCCUCAAUCGUCUCGCCACUAUGGAACUCCUGAGCCAUCCCACCAUCUUGCCCCUCAAUCGUCUCGCCACCAUGGAACUCCUGAGCCAUCCCACCAUCUUGCCCCUCAAUCGUCUCGCCACUGUGGAACUCCUGAGCCAUCCCACCAUCUUGCCCCUCAAUCGUCUCGCCACCAUGGAACUCCUCAGCCAUCCCACCAUCUUGCCCCUCAAUCGUCUCACCACCAUGGAACUCCUGAGCCAUCCUACCAUCUUGCCCCUCAAUCGUCUCGCCACCAUGGAACUCCUGAGCCAUCCCACCAUCUUGUCCCUCAACCGUCUCGCCACCAUGGAACUCCUGAGCCAUUCCAUCUUGCCCCUCAUGCCGCUUCUGAGAUGGCCCUGCACUCUGCAUUACUACGAGAGAUUAUUGCCAAGCAGGAGGUGAUGUGUGAUAUGCAAAGAAAUCUGCUGCGGAUUGUUCAGGAUCUCUCUUCUACACCUACACCACAUGGACACAUGGAUGGAAGUUUCCUGCCAUUGAGGGAUGCUGAGGCUCUUUUGGCGCUGGACCAUGACAUUAAGACAAACCCAGAGAAGAGAAAGGACUUGGUGCUGACACUGGGCCUUGCUGGGGGCGUGACCCUCAAGGACACUGUGUGGAGGGUCAUGAAGAUACUUAUUCAGAAUGACUUGGCCUGCAAAAUCAAUUGGACAGGCCUUCAUGGCAAAACAUCAUUCCAGUGCCUAGAACUCAAGAACGUUGUUACAGCUCUCCUCUUCAGUAUCGUGUUUUUGUUGUCCUCUUCUCCGACUGGUAUUUUAGGAACUCUGUGCAAUGGCUCAGAUGACAUCAGAUGUGCUCCUUCUCCUUGGCCUGCUGUUAGGGCAGCUCUCCUUGGUCCUUGUUUUAUGUCAAUCUCUCCUGAAGUCCCUCAGAUAUACUAG